GAGAUUGAAGGGCCCUCCAGGGCCCCUUGGCCCCCCUGGGGAUGCUGGACCUCCUGGACCCCCGGGAAUUACUGGAAAACAAGGACGAAAAGGAGAUGGAGGAAAAAUCGUAGGUAUCUCCAUUUUAUCUGAAUAGGAUCAGAGUCUACACCGAGGCAUAACUUGUUUUGCCUGUGUGUUGAAACUCAGUCAAUGAUAUGUGGACACGAGUGGAAAUUUAAUUAUAUGGAUGUGAUCACCCAAAUAAAUUACAGAUUCAUUCCAAUUGGCAGUUCCAACCGUGAGAACACAGGAUAAGUAUCUGUUAAGCGUGUCUAUACGGUAUGCUGAAUGUAGCUGUUAACUACAAUUACUUCAACUCUGAGAUCUUAAAACAGAGCAGUGAGUUGAAGCUAACCCAUCUGCUGUUUCUAUUCUCCCUCCUCUGCUAUCACAGAAUGUUAACAACACUGAAAUAGGAUCACAGGAUGCUGUUAGAUGAGUCAGAUGACUGCUUCCACACUCCACAGUAUCAUAGCAACACCCACUUCAGGCAACAGGUCAACGCAGUGCUCUCAUUAGCAUUCAUUGGAGAUCUGAGCCCAAAAACCACAUACUGCUUUUGCUUUCAGCACUUCUGUUUGUGAAGCAGCAGCACUUUCAUGGAAAUGAGCAUUUCCAGUGAGUGCCCAGGGCGUCAUUAGUAUAAGUGUUAACAGCACCUUAGCGCUUGAGCUCUUUUUCAAUGAUCAUGCGUCUGAAAUGCAUCACCGCUAAGUGUUGCUCUUUUUGCCCUGGCACACUGCUACUGCUGUGAAGCCCAGUAAUGCAAAGCUGUCCCAGACAGACGGUGUCAAUAGUGGCGCUACACAAUGGCAGCAGACUGGGCAAGCUGUCCACAUCUGAUUGCCAGUGAACCCAGCUGACACACUGAAGGAACCGCUUUCACCACAGUGUUACCUCAGCUGUGACACAGAAAGUGCAGAAAGCUGUUGUUCUGAUUGUACACAACACCACUAUCGGGGUUUUGAUCAUUAUCUGCUAGUCUUGUGUAGCCAGACGAGACGCUGUACCCUCGCAUUUGUUCUGCAUCCUGGCUAGAAGAAUUUGGAAGCCUGUCACACGAGGCUACUUGUCUGCUAACCAAUGAGGGGAAGCCACCCACUGAAAUCUAUACUGGCCAUUGACGGAAUUAACUACUAUACAAUUUAAUAAAAAAAUUGUGAGGGUCGCUUUCAGUCUUGAACUGGACUUAUCAUGGUCCUUGGGCUGCAUGUUGUCUGCCAUUAUCAUUGGCUAUAGGAUUGAGCACACUGAGUCCGAGACUGAAUUCCUCAUCUUAUGCCGACCGUGUCUGUAUUCAAGGGUGGUCCUGGACCACCAGGGAUGCCCGGGCCUCCAGGAAGAACUGGGAGUGAUGGGAUUGAUGGUAUAAAUUCUGAUGAUGGCCCUGCAGGACCACCUGGGGAACAGGGUCUCCAGGGUUACAGAGGAGAGAAGGGCAGCAAAGGGGAGCUGGGUGAGUGGGGUUAUGAAGGGGAACCAGGACCCCAGGGAAACAGAGGCCAGAAAGGAGACAAGGGGAAUAAAGGAAACCGAGGGCUCAUAGGGAUCACUGGAUACAUAGGAAUACCUGGAGCCAGAGGACAACUGGGCUACCCGGGAACAUCUGGACCUCCUGGAGACAUCGGUGGCAUUGGUUUUGUUGGAUCACCAGGCCCUCCUGGCAAAAUGGGGCCAAGAGGGCCAAAGGGGGUACCAGGAGUCAAUGGACCACCAGGCCAACCAGGUGAGCGAGGCCUAAGGGGACCACUCAGGCCUCAGGGAGAGCCAGGUCCUGAUGGGAUUGUUGGAUUCCCUGGCGUUCGUGGACCUCAGGGGAAAACAGGUGCAGAUGGGCCUACAGGUCCGAAAGGGGAUCCCGGUGACGCAGGUGAUGAGGGAAAUAUAGGAGAAUCCGGACUCUCUGGGCUUCACGGAGCCAAUGGCAAACCAGGAAAAACUGGACCCUCAGGUGACCCAGGGAUCAAAGCAUCUAAGAGAAGUGACAAGGGUGACCCAGGAUUUAAAGGGGACCAGGGUCGACCCGGGCCUCCAGGUAAAAGAGGCUUUAAAGGCAGAGGAGGAGCAUCAGGGCUACUAGGUAAUGUUGGACCAGUGGGGCCCCCUGGAUUUCCUGGAACCACAGGUUAUGAUGGAAUCAUUGGGGAGAAUGGUAAGCAGGGAAAAGAUGGGACAAAGGGUGGCAGAGGUCCUAGCGGUGGGCCAGGCGUUGUUGGACCUAGAGGUGAUAAGGGGCGAGAAGGUCGAGUAGGAUUUGCCGGUUUGCCAGGGCCUUUUGGAGAGAUGGGGAAGUCAGGAGAGAGAGGAGCUGAAGGAGAACCCGGUAUUAAGGGGAGGACUGGAAUUCCAGGAGUCACUGGACUGAAAGGGCUGAAGGGACUUCAAGGAUAUCUAGGAGGUAGGGGACUGGAUGGAACACAUGGACCCCCGGGACCCAUCGGAGGAACUGCAUCUGACGGGGAUACUGGAUCUACUGGACUAAGGGGAAUGGUGGGGAAGACUGGGGCACCAGGGAUUCAAGGUCCAGUUGGGAAGAGUGGGGAUUCUGGUGGUAGAGGGAUCACUGGUAAGCCAGGAAAGCCAGGAGUCAGGGGUGCCAAAGGUAAAGAGGGUCCGAACGGCCUUAUGGGAAAUCCUGGACGGAAGGGAAACAGAGGUCAAGAAGGUUCGAAGGGGAGACGCGGAAGUCCAGGCGUGCAGGGAUUGACAGGGAUACAGGGAUACAGAGGAGCUCCUGGCAUAGCAGGCAAUAUAGGACCAUGGGGUGAGGUGGGCCUCCAAGGGCCACCAGGGGACAAGGGGCCCCCAGGAUUAGUUGGGCCCCGUGGAGUUGUAGGUUACCCAGGUAAAGAUGGACCACAGGGAGGUAUUGGGCCAUUGGCAGACAAUGGGGAUAAGGGGUCCAGAGGAGCUAUCGGACAGAAUGGAGUUGCUGGUGUCGAUGGUGAGGAGGGCCCGACUGGAUUGUGGGGUCCAAUGGGGCCACCAGGACUGAAGGGGCUACCGGGUGAAAAGGGGAAGAUGGGCGCUCAGGGGGAAAGAGGUGGAAAGGGGAUCCAGGGAGACAGAGGCAACCAAGGUCAACAAGGACCAAAGGGCCCACUGGGGAAAGAAGGAUACUUAGGGCCAUCAGGGGACAGAGGGAAAGAAGGAGCUUCAGGACUUAAGGGCCAGCCGGGCAUCAGAGGCCCUACAGGUCUCGCUGGGCGUUACGGACCAGGGGGCAACACCGGGAGAGGCCGUGCCAAGGGAGAGAAGGGGCUCCCCGGAACCACAGGGCCUCCUGGAAGGUUUGGGCCUCCAGGCUUAGUUGGACCAAAAGGACCAACAGGUUUACCAGGAAAAAGAGGAGUCGAUGGAAAAAGUGGACUUGGUGGACUUAAGGGAGAUUAUGGGGAGAGGGGAAAGACUGGGGCUGGUGGUAUCAAAGGAGAUGUGGGAUUGCAAGGUCCAAGGGGGAAGAAAGGAGAGUCUGGAACAGGAGGCAAAAUGGGGACAUUGGGAAAGAGGGGGUUCACUGGAUCUCCAGGAGGUAAAGGCAGAUCUGGGCCUGCUGGUGCCCCUGGAGAGAAAGGUGGUAAAGGAAUAGAAGGGCCAAAGGGAUUGCAUGGCAGCCCAGGAAAGAGGGGAGGCAGGGGAGUUAGAGGCAAACCAGGAGAAGAAGGCCCAUUGGGACCGGAUGGACCAGUUGGAAGAUCUGGAAAGCCAGGACUUGCUGGUUUGGAUGGAUUGCUGGGGGUUGAAGGAAAUGAAGGAGAUAAUGGUGAUACUGGUUACAGAGGAACCCCUGGGAGGCCUGGUCUACCAGGGAAGAUGGGUCAAAGUGGACAACCUGGAUUGAGUGGUGGUCACGGAGCACCAGGGUCAAAGGGUAAUCUUGGAUCAAAAGGAAAACGAGGACCUGCAGGGCCAAUGGGGCCAAGGGGUAUUCCAGGGUUUGGAGGAGCAAAGGGGAAGUUUGGCCAGCAUGGAUCAAAGGGUCAGGCAGGCGGCAGAGGCCUGCAGGGACAUAUUGGACCACGAGGAAUCAAAGGGAAUCCAGGACUGCCGGGGAAUAAAGGGCGGCUAGGCCCAAAAGGCAUACAGGGAGACAUUGGUCCUCGUGGUCCACCUGGGAAAAAGGGCUUCCCUGGUCUACCUGGUCUCUUUGGAAAUAGGGGAAUGAAGGGGAUACAAGGAAUGCCUGGAGUUAAGGGACUGAAAGGUGUGCGUGGACAACCUGGAAAACCAGGUCCUCCUGGCCGUCCAAGAAACAGGCGACCUGGAGCCCUUGGUAAAAGAAGAGGAUCCAAAAAACAAACUCGGGCCAUGACCAGGAGAACGCUUACCUCACUGCCUGACCAGAACCCAAGCAGCUCCAUCAGCUGGCCUCAGGGCAGCAAAGACAGCCCUGCAACCACCUGCCACGAGCUGGGGCUGAUUCAUCCACACCUGCAGGAUGGACACUUCUACAUGGACCCUAACCAGGGCUGCCCAUUUGAUGCCGUGCAAGUCUUCUGUAACUUCACUGCAGGAGGGAUGACCUGUAUACCUCCUGUCCAGUCACAGAUAAUAGGAAAAUGGGAACCAGAAAAAAACAUGUCAAAAAAGUAUAUCCAGUGGUUUAGCCAGCUUGAUGGUGGCUAUAAGUCGGAGUAUGCUGGUCUUGAUGUGGUCCAGCUCCGAUUUCUACGGUUACACAGCCACUCUGCCACUCAGCACCUGACCAUCGCCUGCCCGUUUAACCACAAUAGUAGAGAAAUCAGGAAAAAUGCAACAAGCAGGGUUCUUCACUUUCUGGGUGACUCUGGUGGGGAGAUUGGUUCAAGCUAUUUGACAGUAUCGAAGAAUGGUUGUGAAGUGGAGGUGGAGGUACGAGUGAGGGGAAGCACAGAAAUCCACAGAGGGGACAUGGAGCUGCUGCCCCUCAGGGAUGUUCGUAUGGAGGGAAGGGGAGACCACUGGGACACAGACCUCAGAGCUGUCCUGGGACCUUUGUGCUUUUUGUAGCCUCAGCUUAUCCAUAGAGAAG